AUGCUUCACUACCUAGGUUGCCUGCUGUACUCUCCACCAUUGGAUACCCACAUCCGCAAGCAGAGGGACCUUCCCAGCGGAUCCAAUUGGGAAAUCGAACUGCGCGCCACCAGUAUAUGGUGUGUCGAGCUCAUCCGCCGUGAAAUUGAAAAGCAACACCCCGAGCUCAAGGCUCCGCCUGCGCGGCCAAAGCUAAAGAGUCGACCAGUCUCUCUUGUCGGGAAUGGGCACUUUAUUGGCAACCCCAAUGCUGCCGGAUAUCCAAACUCAACCGGACGUACAAUAACAAAUACAAAUGGCUUGGAAACCUCACAACAUAACGGCAACGGCCACCACGCAACAACAAUAAACAGCCAGCAAAACGGCCACUCGCAGGAAAGCUCCGAACACCAAAACGGCGAUGACGGUGUCACUAAACCUUCUCGCACAGUCAAAGGGAUAAACGCGAUUCUCAUAGACUUCUUCCUCUACGACACGAUCAAAGAGAUAGAAAAAGACGGACAGGAAAUUAUUCCGCACCACAGGACUCGGAGUAUCUGGUAUUAG